AUGACUGAAACUUUCUCUCACUUCACUUCUUCUCUCGAGAUUAUCUUCUUCUCUAAGUGGGAGAUCUCCCAGCAUGAUCUGCUCCACUUCGCCGGGCUCUCUCAGCUGGUCAGAACACAGCAGGUUGUCAUAACAACCCUGGGAGAGGGUGCUCACUUCAGCUGCAGGCUCAUGAAACCCAAAGAUGUGCUUCAAGUCACCUGGCAGAAAGUGACACCAGGGGCGACUGAAAAUGUGGCCAGCUACAACAAACGAUUUGGACCAGUAGUCAACCCACCUUUUCAGAGGAACGUGGAGUUUGAAGACGAGGGACUGCAGAACUGCUCUAUUGUCAUCAGAGGAUUGUCAAGAGGAGACGGGUCCUGCUACAAGUGUCUGUUUAACGACUAUCCAGAGGGAGCUAUCAGUGGCAGGACCUGCCUCCAAAUUAAUGAGCUGUAUGGACCCUCACUCCUCAUCACACAAACCAACAACAGUCACACCACUCUGUCCUGUUCUGCUACUGGACGACCUGCUCCUACAGUAACCUGGGACCACGUAGAAAACAUCAGUCUAGACAAAUCCACCAUGGCUGAUGUCACCCAUCCCAAUCAAACAGUCACUGUCACCAUAACUGCCAUGGUGGCAGCGUCCAGUCUACCUGACAAAGACACCAGGGUCGGGUGUGUAGCAUCAUCCGUUGGGGUCGUCAAGGAUGUUUCCAUGGUGAUUCCAACUAGGGAUCAAGCUUCAUUUGCAGGUCAAUCUCAGGUCUCUGAUGACAGGAUCAGUGGUACAGUGGUUGGUGGAGUGAUGGGUGCAGUGUUGUGUUUAAUGUGUCUCAUUGCUGUAUUCUGUGUAAUAUGGCGGCAAAAGAGGAGAAAAGACACCUCUUCCAGAAAACCCCCAGUUCCUGACCCUGAAAUCAUCAGAACUCCCUUAAAGACACCACCAACAUCCAAACAUGUCACACCAACCUCCAGUCCAUCACAAAUAAUAUCUCCUGAGAGACCAAAUGACAUGCAAUGUAGAAGGAAACUUUUAGAGGGUUAUGAGAACUUGUGUGACUACCAUACUGUCUCACACACAUCUGUGUGGUUCGGAGACUGUUUCUAUCCAUAGGCAUUGUGGGUACUGAAUAGUGGACUGAAUGGCUGACACACACAGGCCUGCUGGUUAUUGUAUAUGUAAAUAGUCGGUAUGUAAAUAUAUUUUGUAGUUGGUUAAUGAUGAAACAUGAUAAAUCCACACAACUUGUUUGUGGAUUUAUACUUCACUUUUUAUAAAUCAAGUGUUGUGUUAUUAUAGUCUACAAAAUGUCAUAAUGUAGACUACUUUCAUGGUGUGUUAAGUGUAUGUGUUUUAUUUCUUCAAUUUUUAUAAAUCAAAUGCUGUAAGAUACUCAAUGUUGUGAUGUCCUUUGUGUGUGUUUGUUUUCAACUUUUCCGAAUAAAACUUUUAAACAAUGCUGUAA